ACACUAGUAAGUCACCCAGCCAGUACGAGCACAUACGGUGCGUCUGUUUGGCGCGCACUCGCGCGUAACACACAUACACGCACAUACACGCACAUACAGACGCGGUCCUCUCCGAGACUCGAUUCUUCUUCGCGUCCAACGAGAGACCGUUUGUUAAUCACGCUAACAGCUAGAGCGCCGAUUCACACCCUAGUGCGUGGUAGUGACAGACGCACACACGCACACACGCGCGCGCACUAGCUGGACAGCACUGACCUAUUUCGGCAGCAGACUCUUCACGGAGGUCAGUACCGUAGCGCGUUAACUCCGGCAGUGGUCAGCGAGCACGCGGACGUCAACGCACGACGGAGUCCUGUCGCCACCUCUCCUGACACGCCGAGUGUGUGCUGGUUCCUCUCCUGACACGCCGAGUGUGUGCUGGUUCCUCUCUUGACACGCCGAGUGUGCGCUGGUUCCUCUCCUGACACACGCCGAGUGUGUGCUGGUUCCUCUGGAACAGCCUAGAGACACCGCCGCUUGACCAAGCAAGUGAGAGAGUAGAUGCUAGUGAGGUCGGAAGAGAAAGAGCAACACCUAGAGGAAGCAGGAGGAGGCGGGAGACGGACAGGACGAUAGAGAAGGGUGCGCACCUAUUCCGUGACUCCGCACAUUCGGCUACCGAUCCUCGACACAAGCCACCAUGUUGGAGAGAAACACCUUCUCGAUUGCCGACUACGUCGUGUUCGGCCUCACGCUGGCCGUGUCCGCCUGCAUCGGUCUCUACUACGGCUGUACGGGAGGCAAGCAGCGAACGACGAGCGAGUUUCUGAUGGCCGACCGCAACAUGGCGUGGGCGCCGGUGACGAUGUCGCUGCUAGCUAGCUUCAUGUCGGCGAUCACGCUGCUGGGGACGCCCGCGGAGGUGUACACGUACGGCACGCAUUACUGGAUGAUUGUUCUCAGCUACUUCAUCGUCAUCCCCGUCAGCGCACACUGCUUCAUACCGAUCUUCUUCCGGCUGAGGCUGACAAGCACGUAUGAGUAUCUGGCUAUAAGAUUUGAGAGCAAUAUAGUGAGGUUGCUUGGAUCACUAACCUUCAUCAUACAGAUGGUGCUUUACAUGGCUAUUGUGCUCUAUGCGCCGGCAUUGGCACUGAACUCCGUGACCGGACUGGGCGUGUGGGCGUCUGUACUCUCCAUAGGCCUCGUCUGCACUUUCUACACGACUAUCGUAGGGAUGAGGGGCGGUGAUGUGGACAGCAGCUUUCGUAGAUCGCUGCUUCAUGUUGCGGCAUGGUGCGGGGUGCUCAUCAAGCGCAUGGGGAAGCUCGGCCAAACAGUCGGAUCGCAUAGAGUUCUUGACUUCAGCGUUGAUCCGCUGCAGAGGCACACCUUCUGGAGUCUGGUGGUAGGUGGCGCAUUCACCUGGACCGCUAUAUACGGAGUCAAUCAGGCACAGGUGCAACGUUGCAACACCUGCCCGAAACUACGCAGCGCCCAGAUAGCGAUGUGGAUCAACCUACCGGGACUGACUGCACUGGCGACUAUCUGCUCUCUGGCUGGUCUUGUCAUCUAUGCUGUCUACGCCCAGUGUGACCCUCUCACGACAAAGACCAUCCUCGCUAAGGACCAGCUGCUGCCGCUGUUCGUGAUGGAUCACCUGAGCUUUCUGCCAGGUCUACCUGGGCUGUUCGUCGCCUGCCUCUUCAGCGGUGCUCUCAGUACGAUCUCGUCUGGUCUCAACUCGCUGGCUGCGGUCACGUUGGAAGACAUCAUUAAGCCGUACGUCUUCAAGAACCUCGCUGAUGAGCGAUACGCCCUCAUCUCUAAGGGCAUGGCGAUACUGUACGGUGGCGCCGCCAUCGGACUGACGGCCGUGGCGGCACAGCUGGGUGGAGUCCUGCAGGCGGCUCUCAGCAUCUUCGGCAUGAUAGGAGGACCACUGCUCGGUCUCUUCUCUCUCGGCAUCUUCUUCCCCUGGGCGAACAAAUGGGGAGCAAUAUUUGGUCACAUUGGAGGACUGACAAUUUCUUUCUGGAUUGGUCUGGGAGCGUAUGUGAACAAGCCAAACUUUUACACGAAUCCCACCUCCAUCGACGGCUGCAGCAACGACACUCUAGCCUACGCCAAUCUUACACUGCCCUACGAGAAAGCACCGUUCGUUGAAAAGGAGGUGUUCCCGCUCUACAGGCUGAGCUAUAUGUGGUAUAGUGCGGUUGGCUGUAUGUCUGUCAUAGUGUUAGGUCUCAUCAUUAGUUUUAUGACAGGUCCGACUAAGCCAGCUAGCCUGAAUCCGGCGCUUAUCUGUCCAUGGUUCGACUACACUCUCUGCUGUCUGCCGAAAAAGAUCAGACACUUCUUGUGGUGCGGCGUGCAACAUGACAAGAUACUGUUUUCUGCAAUUAAGAAGGAGGAUGACGUCGCCACGAUCGUCCGCGACAACAAGACUAACGACGCGCUCUCCAAGAGCGUCGCCGACAACCCUGUCUUUUCAUACAACGACGCCGACGUCUGCCCAGAGAUGGCGCUGCGGCAGCGCGAGAAGGAGGCCGAAAGCAAACAUUCGCAUCGCAGCGAAAGUAACGGGGCUGCGCCGAAAGAUGGCGCUGAAUGCAACGUGACGUACACCACCGCUCUGUAGUCAUGUACGCGCGGUGUGCGUGCGUGCAUGUGUGUGUUCGCUGUACACCUGCACAGCUCGGUAAAUAGCGAUUCGUUUGAUUAGGAUUUCGUGUGCGUCGUGUGAACGGCAAGCAUACGUAGCCAGGGGGGCGGGCCACAGAUAUAUCAUACUUGUUGUGUACUAUGCGCGGGUCGGCGAACAGUUUUAUAUGGGCAGAACGAUGGCUUUAGUGCUAGGAUUACGUGUGUGUUCGGGUCGGUGUAAGGGUUGUGAGUUAGUAUAUACCAGGACCAGAGAAAAUUAGUUAUGAUAUUAGGGUUGGGAUUAAUGUUAGUAUUAUCGGUGGGUUAGCGAGAUAUAGAGGGGGGGUAACCAUACAUAUAGCCAGUAUAGCAACCACACACAUAGUCACGUCUGGUGGGAAUCGUAGCAGCUGCACUAGGUGGUUAGAUCGAGCAAAGUCUUAAAACAGAAGAUGUGCAACGGUAGAAUACAGCCGAGAAUGUGUGUUAUGAGAGGAAACGGACCCUAUGCGUUCUAAAUAGGGCCCUAUAUAUUAUAAUUAUGUUGUUCUAUGUAGGUUUCUAUGCUUUGUAAAUUUAUGCAACACUAAACCCGCCCGAUGAGCCACAUGUAUAUGCACAAACUAUAAAAGAAAAAUAUAUAUUGCUGUUUGCGAAUAAACCUA